AUGGCGGGCGCGCUGGGCGUGAAGGCGACGCCCUUCACCUACGCGGCGCACGCGCUGGGCGCGGCAGCGGCGGCCAUGGUGCUCGUCUGGUGCAUCCACUUCCGCGGCGGCCUCGCCCUCGAGGCCGUCAACAAGAACCUCAUCUUCAACGUUCACCCCGUUCUUAUGCUGAUCGGCUUCAUUAUCCUUGGCAGUGAAGCUAUAAUGGUCUACAAGGUAUUUCCGGGACUGAGCCACGACACGGCCAAGCUGACCCACCUGAUCCUCCACGCGAUCGCCAUCGUCCUCGGCGCCGUCGGGAUCUACUGCGCCUUCAAGUUCCACAACGAGAGCGGGAUCGCUAACCUCUACAGCCUGCACUCCUGGCUCGGGAUCGGAGCCAUUUCUCUCUACGGAAUCCAGUGGAUAUUUGGGUUCGUGACGUUCUUCUUCCCCGGCGCGGCGCCGGACGUGAGGCGCGGGGCUCUGCCGUGGCACGCGCUCUUCGGGCUCUUCGUCUACGUGCUCACGCUGGCCACGGCGGAGCUCGGGUUCCUGGAGAAGAUGACGUUCCUGCAGAGCUCCGGGCUCGACAAGUACGGCCCGGAGGCGCUCCUCGUCAACUUCACGGCCCUCGUCGUCGUGCUCUUCGGUGCCGCCGUGGUCGUCGCUGCCGUCGCUCCCGCGGCUAAGGUGGAGGAGCCGGAGGGAUAUGCUCCGAUCCCAGUCAUCGGGUAG